AUGCGCGUUGAGAGCGACGACGCCGCCGAAUGGCAGUUUCUUACUGCGGUCUACCCGCUGUUCAAAGUAAGCCUGCCCCAUAUUGAAGGUCUCCCCACGACAUUGCAAGGAGUGACCGCCGCUGAAGAUACUAUCAUCUGUAUUCGGUUCGAUAUAUGCCUCAAAUACCCAAGACUUGCGGUGAUCAAAAGCGAGCUAGAGAGCGUGGCCCUAUAUGAAGAGGGAAGUAUCGAUGCGCCAGGUCAUCAUCCACCAAAGGGCAAUACUACAUUUGCUGCUUCAUUUCAGAAGGUGAUCCUCGAUAUGCACAAACCCCAAUAG